GGGUACGGCGAUGGCGGCGCGGGGCUGGGCGGCGCAGGGUACGGCGGCGCAGGCGACGGCGGUGCGGGGCUUGGUGGCUCCGGUGACGGAGGCGCAGGCGAUGGUGGGUACGGCGAUGGCGGCGCGGGGCUGGGCAGCGCGGGUGACGGCGGCGCAGGGUGCAGCGGCGCGGGGCUUGGUGGCUCCGGUGACGGAGGCGCAGGCGAUGGUGGGUACGGCGAUGGCGAUGCGGGGCUGGGUGGCUCCGGUGACGGCGGCGCAGGCGAUGGUGGGUACGGCGACGGCGGCGCGGGGCUUGGUGGCUCCGGCGACGGAGGCGCAGGCGACGGCGGGGCGGGGCUGGGUGGCUCCGGUGACGGAGGCGCAGGCGAUGGUGGGUACGGCGAUGGCGGUGCGGGGCUCGGUGGCGCGGGCGACGGCGGCGCAGGCGAUGGUGGGUACGGUGAUGGCGGUGCGGGGCUGGGUGGCGCGGGCGACGGCGGCGCAGGCGAUGGUGGGCGACGGCGGGGCGGGGCUGGGCGGCGCGGGCGACGGCGGCGCAGGCGACGGUGGGUACGGCGAUGGUGGCUCGGGGCUGGGCGGUGCGGGCGACGGUGGCGCAGGCGACGGUGGGUACGGCGAUGGCGGCGCGGGGCUGGGCGGUGCGGGCGACGGAGGCGCAGGCGAUGGUGGGUACGGUGAUGGCGGCGCGGGGCUGGGCGGUGCGGGCGACGGCGGCGCAGGCGAUGGCGGUGCGGGGCUGGGUGGCUCUGGUGACGGAGGCGCAGGCGAUGGUGGGUACGGUGAUGGCGGGGCGGGGCUCGGCGGCGCGGGCGACGGCGGCGCAGGCGAUGGUGGGUACGGCGAUGGUGGCUCGGGGCUGGGCGGCGCGGGCGACGGCGGCGCAGGGUACGGCGGCGCGGGGCUUGGUGGCUCCGGUGACGGCGGCGCAGGCGAUGGUGGGUACGGUGAUGGCGGUGCGGGCGAUGGCGGCGCAGGGUACGGCGGCGCAGGCGAUGGUGGGUACGGCGAUGGCGGCGCGGGGCUGGGCGGUGUGGGCGACGGCGGCGCAGGCGACGGCGGUGCGGGGCUGGGUGGCUCCGGUGACGGCGGCGCAGGCGAUGGUGGGUACGGCGACGGCGGCUCGGGGCUUGGUGGCUCCGGCGACGGCGGCGCAGGCGAUGGCGGUGCGGGGCUUGGUGGCUCCGGUGACGGAGGCGCAGGCGAUGGUGGGUACGGUGAUGGCGGGGCGGGGCUCGGCGGCGCAGGCGACGGCGGCGCAGGCGAUGGUGGGUACGGCGAUGGUGGCUCGGGGCUGGGCGGCGCGGGCGACGGCGGCGCAGGGUACGGCGGCGCGGGGCUUGGUGGCUCCGGUGACGGCGGCGCAGGCGAUGGUGGGUACGGUGAUGGCGGUGCGGGCGAUGGCGGCGCAGGGUACGGCGGCGCAGGCGAUGGUGGGUACGGCGAUGGCGGCGCGGGGCUGGGCGGUGCGGGUGACGGCGGCGCAGGCGACGGCGGUGCGGGGCUGGGUGGCUCCGGUGACGGAGGCGCAGGCGAUGGUGGGUACGGCGAUGGCGGUGCGGGGCUGGGUGGCUCCGGUGACGGCGGCGCAGGCGAUGGUGGGUACGGCGACGGCGGCGCGGGGCUUGGUGGCUCCGGCGACGGAAGCGCAGGCGACGGCGGGGCGGGGCUGGGUGGCUCCGGUGACGGAGGCGCAGGCGAUGGUGGGUACGGCGAUGGCGGUGCGGGGCUCGGCGGCGCAGGGUACGGCGGCGCAGGCGAUGGUGGGUACGGCGAUGGCGGCGCGGGGCUGGGCGGUGCGGGCGACGGCGGCGCAGGCGAUGGCGUUGCGGGGCUGGGUGGCUCCGGUGACGGAGGCGCAGGCGAUGGCGACGGUGGGUUCGGCGAUGGUGGCUCGGGGCUGGGCGGUGCGGGCGACGGUGGCGCAGGCGACGGUGGGUACGGCGAUGGCGGCGCGGGGCUGGGCGGUGCGGGCGACGGCGGCGCAGGCGAUGGCGGUGCGGGGCUGGGUGGCUCCGGUGACGGAGGCGCAGGCGAUGGUGGGUACGGCGAUGGCGGGGCGGGGCUCGGCGGCGCGGGCGACGGCGGCGCAGGCGAUGGUGGGUACGGCGAUGGUGGCUCGGGGCUGGGCGGCGCGGGCGACGGCGGCGCAGGCGACGGCGGCGCGGGGCUGGGCGGCGCGGGCGAUGGCGGCGCAGGCGACGGUGGGUUCGGCGAUGGCGGGGCGGGGCUUGGUGGCUCGGGCGACGGCGGCGCAGGCGAUGGUGGGUACGGCGAUGGCGGCGCGGGGCUGGGCGGCGCGGGCCACGGCGGCUCAGGCGACGGCGGGUACAGUGCGGGGGCAGGAGGGGCUGGUGUGCUAGGGAUCGUUGGGUAGAUGCUGGGAGGUGGGGCUGAGGGAAUGACCGGGUAGC